AUGUCCAAGAUAAGAAUGUCCGGGGCAGUGCCCCCCAAGGACCGGCCCACACCCCAAGAGCUCCGAACAAUGCAGUUCGGCGACAUGCCCCCCGCGGAACAGCCCAGGCAGAUCGAAGAGCCCGUACAGACCGCAGAAGAACCGCCGUCCAUGUCAGUCAUCGACAGGGCUUCCACCAGGCCAGUGGUCCGUCUCCCACCGCCAUCGCCGACCGAAAAUUCGACGACACAGAACCAAGCACCGCAGCCCAUCCCAGUCCUCGAUCAGCGGACUCCCAUGACGCGAACCACCACUCAACAACCUUCUACUGGCCCACACCCACUGCCUAGGCGUGGAUCGUGGUCGGUCGUACCCGUCAUUCCACUUCGUCGCCACGAGCCCAGAACUAGUCCGGUUACCCCAAGCCCAACCGCGCGGCUAGGGGGUCAGACCCAGGCUACGCCCGCGGCGUCUCAGCGCCCAACGCAACCCCCGACUGCCCCGCGCGCUAUGCAAACCUCGACACAAGCGCAGCGACCCGUGCCUGCAUCUGCAUUCGCACGAACGCCCACGCAUACCCCUUCGGCCUCGCAGCAUGCGACAAACACACCCACUGCGCCUCGGGCGAUGCGGGAACGGGGGUCUCCAUACGCACAAUCGCGCCGUGGAACACACCGAACCCAGCAGCCUGCUUAUACAUCGGCUGGACCGGUUGUUGCAGAACGGCAGGAGCAGAUGUCCGCCUAUGGUCCGCAGCCUGGCCAGAGCCGGAGACAGUCAAGGUCCUAUGAGAUGCCUCCACCACCGGUCCCCUUCCCCUCGGCUGCCGGGCAAUACUACUUCCACAGAAAUCGAUCGCAGCCGCUGGACUUGGUUCCCGAGGAGGAGAUUGCUAGAUCUGCACCGGCCCCGUCAUCCAAAGUCCCCGUGCUAUCUACGGUUCGAGGGGCCCGUGUCGAGAAAAGUCGUGCCCCCAGCAAGGCCUCGACUACCAGCUCCAGCUCUGGCGUCAGCAGCACCAAGUCGAAGAAGAGCGAGGGUUCGAUUGGACGGGCUCCCAGGCGCGUGUCCCCCGAACAGCGCGUGGCCCAGCUUGCCAGGAGUCUCAACAACAGCAAUCUCAAUGCCGCAGCGUCGGAGUUCCAGCCCGCCGCGCAAGCGGUCCACGUUGCGCACAGGACAAACGUGAGGGUGAAGCAAGCGAGGACACAAAUGGAGCGGCAAGCCCUCGAGGAACUGGUUCUCACUUCGGCGCAGAGGGACCUCGCAUUCUCCGGCCUGCCCGAUACAGCGAAUGCAGCACGGAGGGAUGGCUGGACUCGCCCCACGGAGCGUCAGCAAGACCUGUUCCGCCGGAUCAUCGACCAGUCGCAUGGCCUCCCUCUUCUCCGGCUGAACGGGUACCGUGGCACCGACGUGGCCGACACCUUCCUUCGAGAUCCCACGGACCCGCAGUCGCUGCCUCGCAUCGUCGCCAUGGACUGUGAGAUGGUUGGUAUGGAGGGCCACCCUGGAGGCCAGUACACGGUGCGUAUCUGCCUGGUCGAUGUCCUGACGGGCGAAGUCCUCAUGGACCACGUCAUUCUCCCGCCGGCGGGGGUUCGCAUCACCGACUGGAGGACCCAGUACAGCGGCAUGACGCAGGCGGUCAUAGAUCUGUACAGGCGCGAGGGCCGGACCGUGCAGGGCCACCAGGGCGCGAUUGACUUUAUGCGGCAGAUCCUGGAUAACAGGGCGCACUUUGUCGGGCACGCGCUGCACAACGACUUCAACGCCCUGGGUAUCACCCACGGGAACGUCAUCGACACCGCGCUCCUCACGCAGCAGGCUGUCACCGACCAGAUGGCCCAAGCGAAAGAGCGGGGAAGGUGCGGGAGCAUGUGGAGUCUGUCGAAGCUGUGCAAGAGGUUUCUGAGUAGGGAAAUCCAGGUCGGGCACCAUAGCUGCUUGGAGGACACGUACGCGGCGAGGGAGUUGCUUCUGUAUUUCGCGCUGAAUGGAUCAGCUCUUCAGGCUGUCACGACCUGGGCGCGAGAGCAGGUCAACGGUAUGACUUUUACCGUUUAUUACGACCCUCCGAAGCAGAGCGACGACGAGGAUAAGGACGGGGAGGACCAGCAGGGGGGGAACAACCAGAAAUAA